AUGUCCGCUGGAGCUCCUGCCACUCUCCCACUCAACCUCAUGCGCAGCCGCAGGGCGGAGGAGGAGAACAAAGACGUCAGCACCACGGCGAAUCGAUUCCGUGAGCGGUUUGAGGGAAAAGAUGCGUCCGUCAGCGGGCGCAAGGCGGAGACCACAACGAUGGUGAAUGAGUACUACGACAUCGUGACAGACUUCUACGAGUACGGCUGGGGACAAUGCUUUCACUUCGCCCCGCGCUAUCUCGGCGAGUCGCUGCUUGAGUCGCUCGCCCGCCAUGAGUUCUUCCUGGCGUACCAGGGACAGUUCAAGCCGACGGACACGGUGCUCGAUCUGGGCUGCGGCGUGGGGGGUCCGGCGCGCAAUAUUGUGCGCCUUGCCGGCUGCAACGUGAUGGGGGUCAACAACAAUGAGUACCAGAUCAGCCGAGCCCGCCGCCACGACACCAAGUACGGCAUGAACAGCAAGAUCAACUACACCAAGACCGA